UUGCUUUUUGCUGCUCGCUCGUGGCGCUUUCACGCGAACGAUCAGACGCGAAUCUGCGCGAAUCUUGAGUGAUCUUGAGGCUGAACGAGACGAGCAAGAGGCAGCGUCAAGCGUCGUCGUACGGUCACGAUUGUCGUAGACAUGCCACACGUACUGCUAGGCGAUUCAAUCGCCGUGGAACUAGAAGCUCAGGAGCCAUGGCCGCAACCGAUCACUUUGUACCAGCCGUACGAAGUGGAGCAGAUUCUGCUUCCUGACAACGCGAACUGCCUGGCAGUGCAGGCCUUCCUCAAGAUGUGCCAGCUGGACUUUCAGAUAGAGCCGAGGAAGAACGCGGAGUUCAUGUCACCGUCGGGUCGCGUGCCCUUCAUCAAGUGCGGCACGAAAUUGAUAUCCGAAUUUGAUGGCAUAGUGGCGCACAUAGGAAGCAAGGGAAUAAGUCUGUCCGAUCAUUUGGACUCUGAUGGCAAGGUGGACAUGAGGGCGUAUCAGUCUCUCAUUAACAAUGUAUUUGUCAAUGCCGAACUGUACAUCUGCUGGGUUGAUCCAGCAAUUUUGAACGGGGUCACAAAGCAGAGGCAUGGAAGCGUGUACCCUUGGCCGCUCAAUCAUUACUUGAACUGGCAGAAAAGACGAGAAGUCAUAAAAAAGCUCAGCGUCCUUGGCUGGUACAACAAGAGCUUGGACGAAGUGUUUGACGAUGUAAAAAAGUGUUGCAUAGCGUUAUCCGAGAGACUAGCGGACGAGGAAUUUUUCUUUGGUAAAGACAAACCCAACGAGUUGGACGCCUUGGUCUUUGGUCAUAUAUUCACGAUAAUCACGACGCCGCUGCUCGACAAUAAACUAGCCAGGAUCGUACAGGGCCAUCCAAAGCUCGUGAACCUCUGUAAACGCAUCGAGCUUAGCUUUUUUUCUCCUCAAGCUAUAGACAGUCAGACUAAUGAAACGCUGGAGUUCAAGAAUUAAGCCAAUGAUCCACCCGUACCGAGGAUAUCGAAUUAAAAGAAAAACUGCGAUCUUUAUCAAAACUAAACUAUUCAUGAUAUCCCACAAUACCGGGCAAUAAAAAUGUCAAAACACAUUAAAGCACGGUUUCGAAAGCUAUUGAUUAGGUACAAAAUCCAACGUUUUUAUAAAAUGUACUGCCAAUUGUUAUAUCAAUGUUCCUGGUAAUAUUUAUCAUUGUUCUUAUAUAUUUAUAAUUAUUUUAUUGAUGUGUAAUUUAAAUAGUGUAAUGUAUAUUGUUAAGCGCGCUGUUAGAUUAAAGUAUAGUUAUUAAUGUUGUACAGUAGAUCAGGGAAAAACGAUUUUCUAGUCAAUAUACAUUAUUCUCUCCGUUUUUUAUGUUUGCUGCAAACAGAUUUGAGAGAGGUAACUUUUCAAUGUACAUAUAUCGUGUAUAUGUAUAUAUGUGUAUGUGUGUAAUGAUCAUGUAAAAUUUGAAUACAAUUUUUUUCUGAGUUUA